GUCUUUCUUCCUCUUCACCAAGUACCCAGUUUACAGGAACAUCUGAGAUGGUUAGCUGUGUAGAGGAGAAAAAGAGUCAAGAUGAACACUAUUAUAAACAACUGAACCCAGAAGCAAAGCAUCUUAAUAAUAUUUCUGAAAAUUCACUAAAUAAAGACAUGGAAGAGAACUUUAGUACUCAGACCAACCUUUCGAAAGAAACCGUAACGAAUAUUGGAGCCAAUUCUGGUUUGACUACAGAACAAGAACAAAAAAUUAAGAAGGCCAAGGAGUAUGCUGAAACACUUCGUAAAGCACCUUUUGUUCCCCUUUCUCAGACUCUUCAAACCAAUCCUCUUUCAGUUGAAAUCCAAAAGCAACAGGAGAGACAACGCGCCAUACAGUUGAUGUGUCGUAUAUACGUUGGAAGCAUUAACUUUGAUUUGGGCGAGCCUGAAAUUCGUUUGGCUUUUGAAAACUUUGGGCCAAUUAGAAAUGUUGAUUUGCAGCUUGAUCCCAUUACUUUAAAGCAUAAGGGAUUUUGUUUUUUGGAAUUUGAGAUUCCCGAGGCAGCUAUUUUGGCUCUUUCAGCUCUUGGGCAAAUCGCUUUAGGCGGGCGUGUUUUAAAGAUAGGAAGGCCGACCAAUGCUCCUCAGGCACGGCCAAUCAUUGAAGAAAUACAGAAGGAAGCUUUAACGCACGCGGGAAUUUACAUCGCCUGCAUUAAUCCCGAACUAGACGCUGAAGACAUAGCUACAGUUUUUGAAGCCUUCGGGCCUAUUAAAAGCUGCAAGUUAGGUUACGAUUUAGGGAACCCUAAACAUAAAGGCUAUGGCUACAUAUUAUACGAGUCUAUGGAAUCUUGCCAGGAAGCCGUCGCUAACAUGAAUAACUUUGAUCUCGGUGGUCGGCUUCUAAAAGUCUGCCGUGCUAUUACUCCGCCCAUGCCGGAUCUUUUGGGAACGGCACGCGGAGAUCCUAAGAUAGCCUCAGGGACGUCCCACUUGUUUGGUGUCGGGCCUGGGUUGAGUGCUACAGCGGCAAGGCAGUUGGAACUGGAGAGGGAGCGUGAGCAAAGGGAGAUGUUGGAAAAGAAAAAUAAAAACGCACUGGAGUACGAAGAAAACGUGCACAUUAGUAGUAUCCAGGAUCAACUCCUGCUUAUGCAGAAGUUAGCUAGGAAUACAAAUGAAUAUCGCGUAAUAGUCCUGCGUAAUAUGGUGGGUACCGAUGAUGUUGAUGAAUAUCUUGAAGAAGAAAUAGUCGAAGAAUGUGAGAAAUAUGGAAAAACAGAAAAAGUGUUUAUUCACUGCGAUAAGAACCCACAGGGAGACCCGAUUGUGAAAAUAUUCGUAAAGUUUACUACAGCGGAAGGCGUAUGCUGCCUUUGCUUUUGCUUUUAUAAUAAAAUUUGUUUGACGAAGUGCUGGAGUGCAGGCGCAAAAGGCGCAAAAAUCGUUACACGAACGCUGGUUUGCUGGAAGACAAGUCCUCGCGGAAUUUUAUGAUGAAAAACGUUUUGAUAAAAAAGAUUUUUAUGGCUAGAUAGAAGUCUAAAUUACCUACAAUCUUUUUACGUAAAA